AUGGCUACGGAUCAACGACCGGACGUCGAGUACAUCAACGGGAAGAAGACUUUCGUGCCAUUAGAGAACAACCCGGACGUUAUGUCCCAUUUGGUACACCACCUGGGCGUCUCCCCGGCGCUUGGUUUCUACGACGUCUACAGCAUUGACGAUGCGGAAUUGCUCUCGUUUAUCCCCCGCCCUGUGUACGGGCUAAUCUUCAUCUGCCAUGGAGAUGUCUAUCAUCGAGCCCGUGACGUUGAAGAAGCUGGUAGAAGUUAUUAUGAAGGUUUUGGUCCGGAGGAACCGGUUUUGUGGUUUGAGCAAACCAUUGGAAACGCCUGUGGCUUAAUGGCCCUCUUGCACUGUAUUGGCAACGGGCCAGCCCGUCAGUUUGUUCAGCCAGAGUCGGGGCUUGAUCAACUGUUCAAAGCCGCUGUACCACUAUCUCGCAUAGACCGUGCGAAAUUGCUGUACGAUUCGCCGGUGCUGGAAGCUGCACAUCGUUCUGCCGCUCAGAGAGGCGACACGCGAGCUCCCAACCCUGGGGAUAAAUGUGGAUUCCACUUCAUUAGUUUUGUGAAAGGAGAUGAUGGCCAUCUGUGGGAGUUGAAUGGUGGAACAAAAGGUCCGCUUGAUCGAGGCGCUCUGGGAGCUGAUGAAGACUGUCUGAGUGAAAAUGCGUUGAAUCUUGGAAUUCGUACAUUCACUGGAAAGAAAAGUGAAGCCGGUGAAGGGGAUUUUGGCUUCAGCUUGGUCGCCCUCGCUCCAAGUCUGGAAUGA